AUGUCUCUUAUCACUAAGACAGAACGACCCAUUGAUACAAUUGCUGAGGGAGACCUUCUUGUCCUCCUGAGCAGGAAAUCAUACGGGAUGUCAGGAGGGGCCAGCGCAAGUGUGAACAAAAACCACUCGGGAAUGACGAGCUGGAGCCUGAGUGAGGAACGAUAUGACUUCUGGCGCUGGAAACUCCCGCUCCUGGAUCUGAGUAGAGAUGAGCAAGAGGUUGUGCUCGGGAUAAAAAUGACUCCCGCAUCUCAAUGCCAACGGACCCCUCUGGUUGCAGGUGCUUUCUGCAUUCCCUUGUACGUGCCCUAUGUGCUGACGGGGAGAUGGAUCUUCGGGAGAAGCCUCUGCAAACUCUGGCUGGUAGUUGAUUACCUGCUCUGCACCUCUUCGGUCUUCAACAUCGUACUGAUUAGCUACGACAGAUUCCUCUCGGUGACAAGAGCGGUCGCUUACAGAGCCCAGCAAGGCAACAUCAAGCGAGCGGUGCUGAAGAUGGUGAUGGUAUGGGUAUUAGCGUUCCUGCUUUACGGACCUGCCAUUAUCAGCUGGGAGUAUAUAUCAGGCCGGAGUAUCAUACCCGCUGGGGAAUGCUACGCUGAAUUUUUCUACAACUGGUAUUUUCUGAUGACAGCCUCUAUGCUGGAGUUUUUCACCCCUUUCAUCAGUGUAAUGUUUUUCAACCUGAGCAUUUACCUGAACAUACAGAAGCGUACCAAAAUACGCCUGGAUAUUUUCCACGAAGCGCACAACCAGUCCUUCACUGACGAGAUGGAGAUGAGCCCAGAAGCAAAGCUUGCUUCGAAAUGCUGUAAGCAGAAGGAUUCAGCUGAAACCCUCGGCAAAGCUCAAGCAGCAGCCUCCACUGCCAGCCCGGGUGCGAAAGACCUGCUGUCAACAAGCUCUGAGCGCGUCGGGAAACCUAAGUGUUGUAACAAAAAGAGCUGUAAAAAUUCAGCAUCCACUCUAUCCUUAGAGAGACGGAUGAAGAUAGUGUCCCAGAGCAUGACUCAACGCUUCAGGCUCUCUAGAGACAAGAAAGUGGCCAAAUCACUGGCAAUCAUUGUGGGCAUUUUUGGGAUUUGCUGGGCACCGUACACUCUCCUGAUGAUCAUCCGCGCUGGCUGCCACGGCCACUGCAUCUCUGACUACUGGUACGAGAUUUCCUUUUGGCUGCUGUGGAUCAACUCGGCUGUCAACCCUGUCCUGUACCCUCUCUGCCACUACAGCUUCAGAAGAGCUUUUAUUAAACUCCUCUGUCCCAAGAAGCUAAAGAUUCAACCUCAGGAUCCCCUUCAGAACUGCUGGAAGUGA